UCCUCAUCUUCCUCCAAUCUCUUUCUGCAUCUGACACUCUAAUUAUUUAGAAAAAAAUGAGUUCACCAGGUGGUUCUUCUAGAUCUAUUCCAUUCAAAUCGAAGAAACGGUUGUUGAUGGAUUCGCCGAUUUCAAAACCCCAGACCGAGAAACCUAAUCCGUCUUCUGUAGCAAUGCCUACACCGGAGAAGCCGCUUGAGAACAUGCUUAGUAGAUCUAGAAACCGAUCUGUUGCUUUAUCUGUGAAAGAGAUUCGUCAAGCCGCUGGAUCUCGUCGCAGAUCUGAAGAUCCGGUUGCUUCAUCCGCCAAAAGCCAGCUCUUUUUUUCUCACAACGAUUCAUCAUCGUCACCCUCUUCGGCUUCUAAACGAACUAGCUCUAAUAAGAAUGCAGAGAAAGAGAAGCUUCCGGAGAAGUACGAGAUUCUGGGAAAUUUCUUUGAUGCAUUGGAUAGUUCGGUCUUGUUAUCGAAACUAAGAGGUUCUAAGCCUACAUUUUCCAACAUUUCUGGGAAAGUCGAACAUUUAACUGAGAGGAGGUUUUGUUAUAGUCACUUGGCUCAACUUAAGCAUAUAUUACCAGAAGCGAUCGAGAUCAAGAGAGUGUUGAUACAUGACGAAACAACUUGCUGUAUGAAACCAGAUCUUCAUGUUACACUCAAUGCCGAUGCAGUUGAGUACAAUGACAAGUCGAAAUCAGAAAGCAAGAGAGUCAAUCUCAGGAAAGUGUUCAGGGAAAGACUUGCGGAGUUUGUCAAAGCUCACCCGAAGGGUGAUGAAGUUCCUGAAGAGCCACUUCCUGAGCUAUUCAAUAGAAGGAAGUCAAAUGAAAACUCAAUUGUUGAGGUUAAAAGUGUUGGUCCUGUCAUGGAAGAGAAGGCUUCGAUUCCAGCAGCUAAAUGGUUCUCAUCUCCCUUUAAAGUUACAUCAACUCCAGUCAAAGCAGCUUCAACUCCUUCUAAACCAACCUCGUCUCAGAUUAACAUUACCCCAACUCCAAGCAAAACAAAUUCAAGUCCUGCUAAACUGGCUAUGUCUGUGAUUAACAUUGUGCCAACUCCAGUCAAAUCAGUGUCAACCCUGGCUAGCACACCUUUGACACCUGCUACGAUUGACUCAACACCAGUUAUUGCUGCUUCGACUCCACCUGAAUUUGCUUCAACUCCUGCACGGCUGAUGAGUACGUCAUUGGCAGCUCGUUCGCAGAAAAGAAGCAGCGGUGAUACAAAUCCAGAUGAUGUUUCUACUGACCCACCGGCUAAGCUUGUGAGGCGUUCCUUGUCUCUGAACUUUGAUUCUUAUACUGAGGAUGAGAAAGCUACAGAUUUCACUGAUGAUGAAGAUGAACCUAUUGAUCAAGUACCAGACGAAGAUGUAUCCAGCGAUGAUGAAAUCCUCAGCAUACUUCCUGUUAAACUUCGACAAACGAUAAAAGAACAAGAGAGGAAAGCGAUUGAGGAUCAAAAUCCAGCAAUAUCUCUGGCAAAAAGAAGGCGGAAGAUGAUUGCUUGUCUACCAAAACUUUUCAAUGUCAUCCAUUACUUAAUUCAAUCGAUAAGGCGUUGGGUUAUCACAAAAGAAGAGCUUCUGCACAAGAUUAUCGCCGGUCAUUCUGAUAUUACUGACAGAAAAGAAGUUGAGGAACAACUUGUAUUACUGCAAGAGCUUGUCCCUGAAUGGAUGUCUGAGAAAAAAUCAUCAAGUGGAGACGUAUUAGUAUGCAUAAACAAAUUGGCGUCUCCCCUAACAAUUCGAGCACGUCUUGAAGAAGUAAACAAGCAAGAGAUUGCUCCACUGCUUUCUUGAGAUCGUGCCAUGGGCUGUGGGUUACUUUGGGUAGUUGGGUUGCUAACUUUUUUUUGUGGUCUGCCAAAUAUAUUCUAUUCAUGAGGCAUGUGUAGAGACUAUAGGUUAUAAAGUACUGAAGUGUCAAAGGGGUGAAAAGAUGUUAAUGACAAACUAUUUAUAAAGUUCUAAUCUAUUUUCGAAUUUCGACCUUGAAUUUAUUUCUCUAUCAAAUAAAUAGUCAUUGUAUCAGAA